AACAGCAACAACAACAACAACGACUGCGGCAACGAGAAUUUUUACCAACAGUAUCUACCACUAGAAAGAUCAACCAACUCCCUAUACCAAGUGAAUGGAAAAUGACUAUCAUCAAUGGCCAUCUUCGACUAGAAACAGGAAUCAACACUCUUAGUGAUCUUUUACAAUAUCGACGCUCACUUAUGGACAACGUCAACACCAUACACUAUCUAUCUCCAAUACCUGGCGGACGAACAACCCUCAAUUUCAAGCUUGAACAAGAUACCAUGUUAUGCAAAAUGUUUAUGAUAUUGGCCAAAAGCGAUCUUUACGAUGCAUCUAACAGCACCACUACAUCUGUCAGUACAUCAUCCUAUUGGUAUCAUUCUUUUUCGUCGCGACAUCCUCAUCUACGUCAUCAUCAUUUACCACCAUCCUCACAAACAACGUUAUCAACAUCAUCAACAUGGUUAUUACCUGGAUCAUCACCAUUACAAUUACCUAGUCCGUCAUCAUCUACAUCAUCCUCAUCAUCAUCGUUUUCUUCACUCUGCUGUACUCAAGAUAUGGCACCCGUAGAUACGUUGAAUGAUUGUGAAAGGAAUGUGACGCCACCCAUAGAUAAUAUGGAAUGUCCUGAAAGAUUGGUAGACACAUUCGUUCAUCGCUAUUUCCAAUGUUACAACCCUACAAUGCCGGUUCUUCACGAACGAACAUUUAUGACGCAUUAUAAUCAACGUCGACAAGCAAGAAGUAGAGGCCAUGAUCAGUCAAACUUUGUAGUGUUUGUGGAAGAAGAUCUUUUGACAUUGGCACUUUGUUGUUUCAUGAGUGUCAGCAACUGUACUCAUCUUGGCUUGACAACAGAGCAAAAACGGAUUUAUGGUGAAUAUUUUUAUAACAGGAGUCGACCCUUACUGGAUGAUAUGUUGGAUGACCCUUGUCCUCAUCGACGUUUGGAAGCUUUGAUUAGUCUGGCGAUGCUAUACAAAUUUAUGGCUCUGACAUUACGACUCAAGGAAAUACGCCAACUGUCUACCUUGGGACUCAUGCUUGCUGUGGAAUUAUCGAAACUCGCUUCAAAGGAUGAUAAUACGUUUGAUCAAGUGGAAAAGGUGCUUGUUCAGCGCAAUACACUGAUGCAAUCCAUUGUGUUUGGUAUGGUUGAAUACUUGUUUGUGCAACGGAUGGAUGAUAUCGGUAUUACCAAAGUGAACUUGCAAACCUUACCUGAUGAAUCUCCCAAGACUCUAUCUAUGGUGGAAUUAUAUUGUUCUCUAUUCAAUAUGACUCUUCAACCUGAUUUUGCGGUGAUGCUAACUCAAGCUCGUCGUCUUGCAGCGGGUCAAAUGGGUCAUUUGAGCUUGGAAGCCAUGAUACGAUUCGAAACAUUAUGCUUAGAUUGGUGGAAAAAUUUACCAAAGAAAUGGCGUUAUUGUGACAAUCCAUAUGAUAUAUCGGCAAUUCCAAUCAUUGAACAAUGUGAAGAAGAAGAAGCAUUGGCGACGCAUGUUUAUAUAUUGACCAUGACCGUUGGUGUUUAUUCGUGUUUAAUCCAUCCUUAUCAAUCUGAAGAUGAACAAGUAUCAGGUUUGAUUCAAAUGCGUGCUAUGGAAAUGACGAUGGCUAGUUGUGAAUUGUUAUUAGCAGUAUCUGAUCGAUUGAAGUUAAUUUCUAACAUUUGUGGUUUUACUUGUGAUUAUAUUAUGCGUGUGUUUGAUUCCUUACAAGCUUUACUAUUACAUUGCCAAAAGACUCGAAACGAUAUGAAUGUGGAAUUGAUCAUGAAAAAUAUCUCUAGAUGUUUUGAAGAUUUUUGUUCGCUAAACCCAGUGACGCCAUUUAGCUACACCGAAUCAACUUCUACGUUAUCUCAUAUGGAAUCUGUCGAUGGAAAGAACUUGAUAUCUGUUUACAAUCAAUACCCAUUACCAGGUCAUGCGUUGAUUUAUGAUCUUGCGACAUCUUCCAUAAAAAAAUUGGGUGUAUCAUUACCGUAGGGAUUUGGAAUUUUGAUUGGAUAUUUAUUUUAUAUAUAUAUGUGUAAUUAGUAGUUAUAAUAAAGAACGUGUUUUACAAGUUA